AUGGCACAUCCAGAGGAAAAGCCCUGGAUCGAAACACCCCUGAUCGAGUCCGCUGCGCUCUCCAAAGCAGCGGGAUGCAAAGUUUUCCUCAAACUGGAACUCCUCCAACCUUCUGGCUCAUUUAAAUCAAGAGGAAUCGGUAACCUCAUCCGUACAGCCCUUCUAGACCCCGAAAACACGAGCAAGGAAUUGCAUUUCUUCAGCUCGUCUGGCGGAAACGCUGGCCUUGCAGCCGUGAUUGCCGCUCGGGAUCUCGGAUCUCCCUGUACAGUGGUUGUGCCAACAUCCACCAAGCCGCUUAUGGUGCAAAAGCUACAGGAUGCGGGAGCUACGGCCGUGAUUCAACACGGGGAGAGUUGGUACGAAGCCGAUGCUUAUCUCCGGGAGAAGUUCAUUGAUGCUCAGCCUGAGAAUCCCGGACCGGAGAAGAUGCAGAUGAAUAUCUACGUUCCGCCAUUCGACCACCCGGAUAUCUGGACGGGCGCGGGGACGAUGAUCUCGGAGAUUGCGCGGCAAUUGCCCCCGCUCUCCGGCCCGGCGAGCGCGAGAGCAAGUGGCGUCUUUCCGGCCGAUGUGGUGAUUUGCAGUGUUGGCGGCGGCGGCCUUUUCAAUGGCGUUGUCGAGGGGUUGGAUGAAUAUCUUCAAGCCCACAGGGCUUCUUCGACACUCCAGCAUAGAGCAGAGGAUAGAAAGGUGCAUGUCCUGGCUGUUGAAACAGAGGGGACAAAUUCCCUAGACCACUCCCUUCGAACGGGCACCCUCCAAGCCAUUCCUGCGAUCACUUCGCUCGCGACAUCGCUGGGGGCUCGACAGGUAGCUCCCAAGACUCUGAUGAAUGCGCAGUCCCCGCCAUCCGGGGUGGACGUUGUAAGUGUUGUUGGGUCUGAUGCAGAGGCCGCGCGCGGGGUGAUUCGACUCGCAGACGAGAUGCGAUUGCAGGUCGAACUGGCUUGUGGGAUUAGUGUUGAUGUUGCGACUUCAGAGAGAUUGCGACAGUCGGUUCCAGACCUGACCGAAGCAAGUCGGGUGGUGGUGGUCGUUUGCGGAGGGAGCCAUAUUACCGCGGAGAUGAUUGCUGAAUAUCGCCGGAGACUUCAGGAGGGUUGGUCUUUGUGA